AUGAAGUCUUGGGAACCUUCAACUCUCAAAGUAUAUAGCUCCAGUUAUACAAGAUUCCGCAAUUUUUGUACUUUGAACUCUUUGAAUCCAGCAAACAUUACCUUAGUUGUUGUCAUGGAUUAUCUUACACAUCUGUUCAAGCACAAACCUCCGUUAGCCUUCUCCACAAUUAACGGUCAUCGUUCUAUGUUGAAUCAGUUGUUACUCCUUAGGAAUCAAACUGAUAUUGUUAAUGAUCCAUUCAUCACAAAAAUUAUGACUGGUAUUCACAAGUUGCGCCCUUCAUCUGCAAAGUAUAAAGAGAUAUGGGAUGCAAAUCAAGUAUUCAAGCACUUAUCUACUAUCAAAGUCAUCCCCAAGUACACAUACACUGCGCUAUUAAACAAGACACUUGUUCUCUGUAAAAUGUUUGGUUUAGCAAGAUCAUCAGACUUGGUGAAGUGGUCGUUCAAAGGUCUCAUUAUUACUCCUGACUCAAUCAAGGGUCCAGUUAUUAAUGCUAAAGAACAAAGAAGUGGUGUUGUUUCAAUCUUAGAAUUAACAUCGUUAGAUGAUACUAACUCUCAAGUAUGCCCUGUUCGCCACCUUGCAACAUACCUUAGAGCCUCUAAAGGAAGAAGAAAGCCCCAUUCGGGUGACUUUGUCUUUAUUAAGAAUGAGGGUGAACCGCUCCAAUUCAAAUCUCACUCUACCCGUUCCGCUAUGGCUUCUCUGCUGUUGUCCAAUAACGUUCCGUUCCACGUUGUCAAGAAGAUGGGUCGUUGGAAAUCAAAUGAUACUGUAGAUACCUUCUACGAUAAAAGAAUCAUUGGUGAAAAAUCUGGUGGUUUCUUAAAUACUGUCGUCCAAAUUUCAUAA